GGCCCGGGUGAGUCACAGCCCACCAGUCACGACUCUCGACCUUAUAGUCGCUCGCUAUAUGUCACCUCUCACUCGAGCCCUGGCUGUUGUAAGGUGAAGUAGCUGAGUUGCGGCUUACACAAACCUCUUAAAAUGGUCCACAAAGUCGAAGACAAGGCUGAUUUUGACAAGCAGUUGGCUGAUGCCGGUGCGAAGCUGGUCAUCGUCGACUUUUAUGCCACCUGGUGUGGACCAUGUAAGGUGAUAGCACCCAAGCUUGAGGUUAUGAGUGAGGAGAUGACUGAUGUAGUGUUCUUGAAGGUGGACGUGGAUGAUUGUGAGGAAGUAGCUAUGGAAUAUCAGAUCUCUUGCAUGCCCACCUUUGUUUUCAUCAAAAGUGGUGAGAAGGUUGACUCCUUCUCUGGGGCUAGUGAGGAGAGGAUUCGUGAAUAUCUUACUAAGUAUCGUUAAGCUGUCCUUCCUUUGAUGAAUGAUAUCCAUUCAUUAUUCUUAGAUGAUCCUUAUUGAGUCGCUGAUCACCAGUAGCAAGCUUGUCAAGUCAGUAAUUUUAAUAUUUAUUAUGCAAACAGUAAAUUUAGGAUAUUGUUCAGGCAAAAAAGUAGAUUGGGUUGCCCCCACUUUUGUAUUUUGCAAAAUGCAUAAUUAUUCACUGUUUGAAAUUCUAGUGUUUUGUAACUACCUGUACUGUAUACUUUAGUUUUGAAUUAAUAGUCUUUCAGAUGGUCUACUUGAUGCUGAAGUUUUAUAGUUUAAGCUCUUAUUUGAUAUUGGAAUGCAAAGGAUUUUUAUUUCAUUUAUUUUAUUUUUUGUCUCAAAGUAGCUGUACCUUGACUCAAUGGGUUAUCUCUGUUCAACACUGUUCCAAAACAUUUGCUUAAAAUAUUGUUGUUUGUGCCUUCUUGUUGUGACUUAUUUAAACAAAAAUUUAAAGGGCAAUAAAAUAUAGGAAAUAAAUGUCAUUUUAUUUGUAAUGGUUAAGUCUCCUGGUAAGGUAUCAAGUAUAGAAAGCCCCAUUACUUAUGUAACAAACAUAAAAAUUAUGAAAAAAUUUAA